AGAGAGACUUUCUCAUGAAGAAGUUCUUAUGGAGUUCUUUCGCAGCACAAAUGAGAGACCUACUACUCUACCAGCCACCAAAGAUCGACACGAGUAACUGCCUUCAAGCUCCUCUCACUCUAGAACGAAACUCUCGUUGCUUAGUUAGGGAGGCUUUCUUACAUACGAUUAUCCAGCAAACUAGUACCACAAAUUGAAUAUCAUGGCCGCGAUCUUUGUACUUUCGUUUCUGCCUCUGUUUCUCGUUGAAGCGUGUCCUCUCGCAUUUCCUUUUUCGCGUCCACGUCCAAACUGGAAAAGCCUGCUCGUUCUGUCGACGCCCACCGAGAUACUACAACCUCAAAAGCAGUCUGUCGUCAAAGUUAAGCAACCACACGAUUGAGUGCGCACACCACCACAUCUCUAUUUUUCUAGCGACCACGUUAGAAUAUCACACGUAAAAAUGUACUCAUCCUCAGAAAGUGAAAACUGCUGAAGUGGCUAGCUAACUAGCUAGUGAAAAAGAUACUGGUCUGGGUAAGGCUCUUGGGUAAGACAGUCAUCAUCCAGGUCUUGCUCUUGAAAAAGCACCAAGAACCCUACUUCUACGUGAUUAUCAUGACUUUCAUCCACCUAACUGGUAGAUACCGAUGCGUAAUUCCUAUGAAAACAGGUACGAAAUAGCAUUACGUUCAGGCGCUAAUUUUUUUGUACUCCUGCUCGUGGACGACGUGGAGCUGGUGUCCUAUACCUGCUGUUCCGUCUUCUUCCUCCAGUCAUCUUGCUGAUUGCCGGUCUCCGCGAUGUUGAGCAUGAGGUCGGAGCUUCCCAAGUACUAGAUUUACGGGCUCUUGGUGUCUUUUAAAGCGACGCACUUCUUUGUGAUACGAGGGAACAUCAAUACACUAAAUCUUCUUCUUCGUACUGAAACAUCGUGGACAGUCUUUUAAGUCACUCGUGAACACUCUCGACGGCCACCGACGGCCACCAUGUCGAUUUUCCUCAACCCAAUCGCAAUCUCUAAUGUGAACAAAUAGAUACAAACAACACCACCGGAAGAUUCCGCUAUCCGUCAGUCCUAGCUUGUGAUGAUCCACAGUUCUUUAGUCCUCAAUGGCUCUACUGGAGGCAACUAGUACAGGAGAAGCUGCAAGUCGAUUCCCGUACUACGGGAAGUAGUAGUACAGAUUUAAAGUUAUGCAUAUGGGUUGUAGUACUGAUUGAAGUCAUGACUCUACAGGUGGUUGUACACAACAUCAGAGGAAUACAACGCAUUUACAGACUAUAAUUAAACGUUCUCGAGGAACGUCCUAUGUUCUUACCCAAGAGACCGCUUUGGAGGUCUCGAGACACGACAACAGACCGCUUUUACGAAAUACAUGGGGCUCUGAACGGCGUCAUGCUCUACCUGGAAAAAACGAUGCAGUACAAGACCAGAGACAAGUUGUUGCAGGACUUGACGUUAUUUAUUAAUAAUGUUAGGGCUUGUGGACGAGCAUUGUAGAUUGCGACUAUUGCGUAUUAAGAACUCGUUACACUUCGUGGAGAGUUGAUGUAGUCGAAAUACAACGAAGCAAAUUCAAAUUGAGUAUAUUCUUCACUUCUACGAGACGGAGACGCACUACUACGUACUACUAGUAGUUGGUCUUGGAGAAUUGUGCAAUUAUCAUGAGUAGUUGGUCUUGGACGAUCUAUUUGUUCUCACGAUAAUUAUCUAAAACAGACAUGACGCUGAGCGCAGUCGCGCCAAAUGGAUCAGCGGCGCAGAAUCACGUCGCGCCAGGAUGGAAGCUAGUGCUUCUCAACGGCCGCGAAGUCGGUAAAGGCCCUUUCGCAGCAAUUAUUUAUGGAACAACUUCAAUUUUGGUAGAUCUAGAUUGGUCGUUACUUUCUUACCUUGAUUUUGAUAAAAACAGAGUCAAAGUAGUUGCUUGCAGUAGAUUUUUCUUUUUCACCCCAGCAGUAGGCUAUGACUUUCUGCUUCUAGUACACACCGGAGUAUUACAUCAACGACUAGGAGUACUAAGGUAAGUGUGGUGAAUAUGUUGUGAUAGAUAUUAGCACUAUGUCUGGCGGUAAGGUCGCGCGCGAAUAUAAUAAUGAUAAUAAGAAUGUCUGGUAGCAUUGUUCUCUCUAUCUCGACAAGGAGGGCAAUGUGUGAUACUAUGCCGUGUGCACUGAUAUCCUUGUGCUCUAACCCAUGGCGGAACUGAUACAGAUGAAAGAGAAGCAGAAAUGCUCUGUGGAAGUCCGAAACAUGAAGUCGUUGGGAAGACUGCAGCUUUUUGUGGAGUCGCAUUUCGAGUGAUGCCUACCUACUCGAGAGGUUGUAAACUGCCUCUUGAGAGUCCUAUCAUCGAUUCGAGAGGUGAAAAUCACUUCUAGUGGUUUAGAUUUAUGUUUAACGUGUUGAGCAGAACUUCGCAUAGUCUAUUAUUCCGAAUUAUAUCUAUGAGCGCUGUAGUGUUUAUGUUUUUUAGUCUCCUGAGUCAGUGAUUACAGAGAACAGGGACAGACGACCAGACCACCAGGUCGAGCCUUGUUAUUAUGCUCGUUAUUGUUUCUGUUUCCUCCUCCUAUUUUGUUACUGAUUUUAGCGAUUUUUACUCAAUAGAAGACGAUACUCCACCAUGGAAGAUCUAGCGACGAUUCAGCGCCUAUUCGAGAACGACAAUGGCAAAUAGUUGCAAGAAGAAGAUUAUCAUUCAUGAAUUUCACGAUUCAUUUCACUUUCAGCAUUUUGCAAAGGUUUCUCCACAACAUACCUCAACUCCAAUAACUCAACUCCAUGAAGGAGAUGAUAGAUUGUAUAUACCUUUGAAUUAUGAUCAAGAUCAUGAUGCCUAGAAUAUGUAUGUCCAUGUAUAGAAGGUGAGCGUGAGGACGCUCUGAUGCAGAAAGUGAGGACGCUCUCGCUCUAAUACAUAUUAGAUAGAAGUUCAUCAUAGAUAUGUAUCAUGCUUGUUGGCUGUGUCAAGUUAU